AUGGCUGAGCUGGGCGGGGCCAACCGAGAUGUUUUGAAGCGGCAGCUGCAAAUCCUGCGGAAAUCUCCAGAGCAACGAAGCCCUGAAGAUGUGAGAGCCUUCGCUGCCAGUCUCAGCAAAACCAAAUUCUUUCAGGAUUUGGGGGAGCACGAGAAGAUUCAGGUCUGUCGAUAUUUGAAGUUGGAGGGAGCUCCUGGCGACACCACACUCUUCAAGCAAGGUGACCGCGGUGACAAGUUCUACCUCAUUUUAUGUGGCUCAGUAGGUGUUUUCAUCAAAGACGUGGAGGCGAAAGACGUCGAAGCCUCCAAAACGGAGCCCAGCGCUGAGGGCGCCAACGGUGCAGCUGGUGCGCAGCCACCAUCGCCAGGGGCGGCGUCCUCGCCCAGCCCUGUGCCACAAGGGGAACCAGAGGCUCCACGGAAGGAGCAGAGCGUUGGAUGGGUGAAACUGGCCAAGUUGGUGCAUGGCGCAGUGCCUCCAACAGUGGCUGAACUCCAAUUGGAAGGAGCUCUCAUCGAGCCCCCCGAGGUGCCCUCCGAGGUCCCAUCUGCCACCGCUUCGGCAUUGGCCCUGGAUGCGCCAGAGGAUGCGGUGCGUGUGGAGGAAGUGGAACUGCCAAUGGACGGCAAGGCUAGUCCUCAUCUGCAGCCGUCCUCGCCAAAGCAGUUGACCAUUGCAGAAGGUGCAGCGCAAGGAGGGACGCCUCGCAGAGGGCCAUCGGAAAGCGAAAGUCGACUUUCGUCCAAAUCAGUUGGCAGCGAGCACAGUGAUGCCGCAGAGGGGCGUUCCCCGAGUCCGGCGUUGGUGCGCGAAACGAGCUUGCUGUCGGAGAUCAAAAGCAUCGGGGCCUUUGCCAAGAAGGAAGAGGAAGCUUCAGCAGAUUCCAAGCGCCCUCCGGGCCCUCCGGGCCCUGCGGGCACCGGAAGAAUCAUGCGCGCCAUCCUGGCGCGGCCUCUUUUCCACCUCCGAGGUCCCAAGCUUAUUGAGGUGGCGCAGUUGCAGGUGGGCGACAGCUUCGGCGAGGUGGCCCUGCAGACGGACCAACCGCGGGCGGCGACGGUGAAGACCCGGGGCGACGCCAUCUUCGCCACGCUGCUGCGGGAGGACUACAAAGCGAUCCUCCACUCACAACUUUCGAAGCUCCAGCAAGAUCGACAAAGUUUCUUGCGCAGCAUCCCCUUGUUGGAAGCUUUACCAAACAUUCCCAACCUCGCUGCCCUGCUGCAGAGUCGGGCCUUUUGUCGUCAUGGCAUCCUGAUCAAUGUGGGCACUCCUGUGAUGCACAUCUAUUUGGUGAGCUCUGGAACCUUCUCCGUUCGCGGCAGAAUCAAGGUCAAACCACCCCAGGACCGGCCGAGCAAAACAGAUCGCCCCGCCUGGUCGGAACCGCGCCGACGACCAUCGGAGCCGAAUCAUCAGGAGAAAGAGAAAUUUCCGACCAAAAGUGAGAAGAUACCAGUGUCGCGAACGAUCUUGUCCCUGGUGUUGCCUGGGACCACCUACGGCUUGAGUCAUUUUCUGAAGGGCGAUCGUGAGCAUUUACGCCAGGUGAUUUGCGAAUCCUCCUCGGGUUUGGUCUACACUCUCUUUGCAAAAGAUGUGGCAGCACACUUGAACCAGAAGGAAAGAUCGCAGGUGAUUGCCAUUGCUGCGGCGGAAGAGGCCUUUUUCAAACAGAGAUGCAUGGCAGUGGGUCAGCUUCAUGGGAGUGCAAACUCCGCUGUGAAACGUGUUUGGCCACCUGAAAAGACCCUGCUGGACAAGAUCCGCGAAUUUCGAGAUGUCUUCAGUGCCAAGAGCAUUUAUUCGCCAGAAGGGCGCUUGAGGGCCAUAGGUUCCGCUUUCCUGGAAGAAUCGAAACAUCUGGAGACCCAACUUCACCUGGAAAAAGUUCAGGCCGCGAAGCAAUCCGUGCAUUCCACUGGCGAGAUAGCCAUGACUUCCAUGGCCUCGGAUGCGGCUGAAGCGCCGGAACUUGUGUUGCCGUCUGGCUGGCGGAUGCAGUAUUUGGCCGAAAACGUCUUCCGCGCUUGUCACGACACCGCCAACCCGGGUGCCCUCGCGGCAGACCUGCGCGCAGCCUUGGAGAAGGACAUUCGCUUGGCACGGCGCAGCAAGCGACAGCUGGUGCCUAUUUCAAGACGCCCCUGGAAUCCCCUGGAGGAUGUCCCGGCGACGGCAGAGACGCCCAGGAACACAACGAAGGAAAGUUUGGCGCCGGUGCAGCCCGGCCGUGCUCCGCAACGCCCUGAUCCCUACCUCUCCCAGCACACGCUGGGCUCCGGCGCGCUGUCGGUGGUGCGUAGCGAGGAAAGCCUGGAACUGUCGCUGGAGUCGCCCACGACGACGAUGCAGCUGGGACAGCUGGAACAGCUGGGGCUCAGCAGCACCCUGGAAGUUGAAGCAGACUGUUCCAAAUGUUCUAAGUCCAUAGAGUCCAUGGGAACAGAUGAAGAGUGCAGUUCCAGUUUGCCCUGGGACUUCUUCAGCAGUCGCUUGCUGGACCUCAGCCCCGGCAGUUUCAGGCCUCAUCUCAGUGGUUCCUUGGCACUGCCAACGAUGACCAUGACCGGCACCGUAGGACCCGUAGGACCCGUAGGAGCAGUCCCGACCUCUCGUUGCAGCACAGGGCUCCCACAGUCACGGGGCACCUCAAAGGGGUCCAGAGAUUUGGAUUCUCCAUGGCCCUGGCCGCAGUCAGUGCAGUCAGUGCACUUGGACCAGGUCUUCGUUGCCAAAUCCAAAAAUUCCAGGCCUUCAUCGCAGUCCCUGUCUUUAGCCAGAGCCCAUUUCUGA